AUGGACGUUUUAUGGUCAAAAGAAAAAUUGCUUAAAAUAUUCAGUAAAAGUUCUAUUCGUUUAUCUGUGGCACAAGGAUCAGGUGAUGGGGGAGUCAAUCGUUGCUGUAGGUUGUGUGGGGGUGAGAAUAAUCUUCGCAGCUUCUGCACGUCCUACUUGUGGGAGGGGACUGAGGAAAGAUAUGACCAACUACUUUACAAUUGUUUUGGUGUUCAGGUCGCACCAUCUGAUUGCAUGAUUUGCGAAAAUUGUGUUCGGCAGCUUCGGAAUAUACAAAGAUUUCGCGCUUUAGUUUUAUCAGCUUUCGCCAGUGCGCCGAGUGAAUAUUCAACUCGUCACUCACAAAUGAGCGGGAGAGGAAGCUACAGACGAAAAAUUAAGAAUAAAAAACGUUCCACCGUAGAGCUGUCAAAGAAGACAACCAAAAUGUCCAUAGACAAGCGGCGUUCUAGAAAGUCCUUUUCAAAUAAUCCCACUGAAAUGAAGAGGACCAACAUCGCUUGUUCUAUGUGCAAACAGAGGUAUCCAAUGAUAUUACCCGUGAAUGAAUCGCACCUAUUCAUUUGCUCACGAUGCAAGCAGAAGAGUGCACCAAGCAACAGGGCUUGCAGGAAAUGCAACAUGGUAAUGCCUGCGAACAUGUUGCGUGAACAUUUAGAAUUGCAUACGAAACCGGAAUUACGGGGUAAAAGCAGACUUUGUACCCUCCCGAAAAAGUCAACACAAGUUUUGAGAACGGAAAGUCGUUUGACACAAUUGAAACACUAUUGCACGCAGUGUCCCAGAAAAUACGCGAAUGCACAGAACCUGGAAACACACAUGCAGACGGAGCAUAGAAAAAAAGAAGAUUGUCUAUGCGCCGUCUGUGGUAAGAAUUUUCAAACGAGGGAAUUGCUUGACAGGCACAUGAGAAUGCACACCGGCCAGCCGAUCUAUCAAUGUGACAUUUGUCUGAGGUACUUUAAGGGUAAAAGAAAUUUCCAAUCGCAUUAUUUAACACACGGCAGAUAG